CUGGAAACCACUCUUCCACACUCGGCACCAAAGUGGCGCACGACGACAUGUAGCUGAAGGACGAGUGCGCCUUUGAAGAUGCUUGAUUAUCGAGGCACAAUUUCUGGUUGAGUGACAAGCCUGCUGUCCAGUCUCCACCAUGAUAGCCACAGGUGGCCUGUUGCGCAUGAACAGGCGCCAGGACUCCCUCCGCUCAAAAAACCGGGCGGAAAACAAAAGGAAGCGGAAAUCCAAGAAAAAGAAGAAGAACGACGUGGUGGUGGUGAAGGGGAAGCUCAAUCUGUGCUCCCCGGCCGGUUUUGUUGCUGCGGUGGGAGUCGCAGUUCUCAUGGUGGGGAUUUCCAUGGCCGUACUGGGAUACUGGCCGAGUCAGAGCCAGCAGCAGUACCAGGAGCGCCGCCGAACUGGAGGAUACCAAUCGAACAGGAUGAGCUACUCCAAAAGUCCACCUUCUCCCUCUAACUUGACGCAUGAUAACCCUCCACCAGUACAGACAACUUUGUUAAACCAGAGCCAUUCUAACAGCAGCUCCCCCGACUCCUCCCGUCACUGUGGCUUCCUGUGUGACUUCCUGAAUAAUUACCUGUACUCGGACAAUCUGAAAGUGUUCGGGCCACUGGUGAUGGGAAUCGGCAUUUUCCUCUUCAUCUGCGCCAAUGCAGUCCUCCAUGAAAACCGAGACAAGAAAACCAAAGUCAUCAACCUGAGGGAUAUCUACUCCACCGUCAUAGAUCUACACAGCAUCCGGUCGAAGGAGUACUCGCCUCUUAAUGGUUUGGUGAACUACACUCAAUCAAGGAGUGCCGAGGGCCCGUCGGGGACGUUCCCUGCUAGCGGUAUGCUGACUCGUGGCUCCUGGCCCUCCACGGGACUCGGUUUACAGGGUGAGUUGGGCGCCGAUGAUGUGUUCAGACGGCCGUCGUUGUCCAGCAGGCCUCAGAGCUGGUCGAGAGAUGUUCAGACCUUCACCGACACGGUCUACAGCAUCUACAAGGACUACAGCAAUAGCAGCGAGCAGGCCCCGCAGCCCCGACAGUGGGAGACCACCUCCAUCGUCACGUCCUCUGUGAACGCUUUCACCCUCCCUGUGAUCAAACUGAACAACUGUGAGGUGGAGGAGUCCCAGCGAGCGGAGGCAGAGGGACACUCGGAGGAGGAGGUGGUUAUUGAGACAGUUGUGGAAACAGAGGAAGUACAAGCCAGCCGCAGCCAGACUGAUGCCGAGCAGAAGGACACCUCGGCGGCAGAUCCACCCCCACAGCCCCAUCAGAGCCACGAGGACAUAACCAUGGAUAUGGCUGACCCACAGGGGCCACCGCAGGCUGAGGAUCAAGGACAGUGGACCCAGCUGUUUCCUCCAUCACCUGUUGUCAGGGCGAUAGGGUCACAGCUGUCGCUAACCUCCCUAACAGAUCAGCCCAGGCCGGUACGCCGCUGCAGCCUGUCUGUGUCUGGGGGUCGUCAGGGCGACAGGGCCAGGCGCUUCAGCUGCCCUCGUCUGGAGCGAUCCAACAGUAAGGGCUACAUCAAACUCGCUGACCUAGGGGGGGAGUCCUUCGAGGCCCCCGACACAGACACUUCUUUAGUGGCUACUGAACAGGAAAUUGCAGCGGACGCAGAGGGAGAAGCUCAGGGAGAGGACGAUCUGGUGACACCCAGCACCUCUGCGGAAUCAUAGAUUAAUUUUUUGCUGAUGAGCCUCUGAAAACGUUUUGAUGUCUUGUUCUUUGCUUGGUUCCUUCUUCUCCGAUUUCUAAUGGGAAGCUGGCCGUUAAAGACGGACGUAAACGAGGAGAGAAAGCAGCUAAGGACUAUUGAAACAUAGCCAUGAAAACUCAAGAGCACAGCUCUUUAUAAAUACCACAUCCACAGCUCAAUAUUCAGAUGUAAUUUUUCUAUUUUUUCAAUGUAGCAAGAGCAAUACUAAAGACUUGUAAGAAGAUUUAGUAAAGAUUUGUAUCAAAAAACGAAAAUAUGAUCUGAUGAAUUUUAACUUUUCUUUUCUAUAACAGUAGGGCAAACAUUGUAGCUUGUAGUAUUGCCAAAACUGUCACCGAGAACUACCGUCUGACAUGUUGUCCUGUAGCAUUAAAACAUGCCACAGAAAAUCAAUUAGUCUAGAAUUGUUUCUCUACAUUGUUAUGUGAAUAUCACGUAAAUAGGUGAACUGAAUUGAAUCUCAGGUAGACGUUUGGUUUAGGAUCGGGACCUUGAGGACAAGGUCUUCCCAAUGUUCACAUUUGUUAUAUGAAGCAUUCAUGGUUGAAUAAAAUUAACUGUAACACCUCC